AUGAUGCACGAUCCCUCAGAAAGGCCGUCCAAGCGGGCGCGCAUCCUCUCCUCGAUAAAUCCAUACCAGACCGAAGGCCCGCAAUUGCCCCAGAGCGCCUCCCGGGCAUCGCCGAAGCGAACCCGACCGCAGGAGCCACAGCCGUCAGACCGCACAUCGCGCGACGCCGAAGCAGAGGAAGAGGUACAGUCAUUGAGGAGCGACAUGAACGACUCGUACUCGGGCAGCAGGCCGAGCAAGUUCCGCUUCAAAGACGCCGCGCGCAAGAACAGGGACCGCCAUCACGGGGAAUCAGACCGCGGGGACCGGCCGUCCCGCCGACGCCGCGACGAAGAAGACGAUGGCCGGCACAGACGCAGCCGACGUCACGACCACGGCGAGGAAGAGUCGAGUAGCAGGAGCCACCGGCACCGGCACCGGCGAAGACGGCGCGACAGGGAAGAAGAAAAAGCGCCAGACCCCGAGCCCGAAGACCCAUUCGCUGGCCCGCCGCUUGACCCGGACGCGGCGUUCCGCGAGUCGCUGUUCGACGCCAUGGCGGACGACGAGGGCGCGGCGUACUGGGAGGGCGUGUACGGGCAGCCGAUCCACACGCUGGGCGGCGGCGGCGGCGGCGAGCUCGAGUCCAUGACCGAGGACGAGUACGCGGCGCACAUACGCGCCAAGAUGUGGGAGAAGACGCACGCGGGCCUGCUGGAGGCGAGGGAGCGGAGGCGGCGGGAGAGGGCGGAGCGGGACGAGGAGAGGGCCAGGGACAGGCGGGCCCGGGACGACGCCGGCAGGGUCGACGACGCGCUCGAGGCCAGGCUGCGCAGGGGUCGGGACCGGAGGCUGCGCAGGGAGCGCCGGGAGCGCUGGGCGAGGUACUGCGACGCCUGGGCGCGCUGGGACAAGGGUCUGGCCGAGGACGAGGCGCUGCGCCUGCUGCUUGCGGACGGGGGCGACGCCUGGCCCGUCGAGAGCGGGCGGAGGGCCGACGUCGACAGCGCCCGGGUGAAGGCGUUUUUCACGCAGUGCCUGGACGCUCUCGCUGACGAGGCGGCAGAUGGGAAGGCCGACAAGCGGACGGGCGGCGACGUCGCGGCUCGGCUGAAAGAGGAGAGAGUGCGCUGGCAUCCUGACAAGAUCCAACAACGUCUAGGAGGCCGCGUGGACGAGGACCUCGGACGGGACGUGACGGCCGUUUUUCAGAUCGUCGAUAGUCUGUGGUCGGAGAUGCGAGCCAAGAAGUGA